AUGAAGUUCUUCGCCACUUUUCUUCUGUGCGGCAUUGUAGGAUUUGCCGUGGCCGCAACAACGUCGACGACGACGGAAGCUUCUGAUGCCUCCAUUACCUCUACCGCUUCAUCUGUCCCAGCUAACCCCUGUGCAGGCGGAUCCAAAGCGCUUUGCGGCAAAAAACUUUACUUCUUUUACUAA